GGAACUGGAGGCCGCGCCCCGCCCGGCCGCGAGCACAGGCGGCAGGCAGCGCGUGGCGGGCGGCGGACACUGAGGCCGGGAGUGAUGCCACCAAGAAGAAAUGGGAAAUACAAACUUCCUGUUCCACUUCCAGAAGGCAAAGUUCUGGAUGAUGUGGAAGGAAAACAAUGGGUGCUGGGCAAGAUGAUUGGCUCUGGAGGAUUUGGAUUGAUAUAUUUAGCUUUCCCCACAAACAAACCAGACAGAGAUGCAAAACAUGUUAUAAAAGUGGAAUAUCAAGAAAAUGGCCCGUUAUUUUCAGAACUUAAAUUUUAUCAGAGAGCUGCAAAAAAAGACUGUAUCAAAAAGUGGAUAGAACUCAAACAGCUUGAUUAUUUAGGAAUUCCUUUGUUUUAUGGAACUGGUCUGACUGAAUUCCAGGGGAGAAGUUACAGAUUUAUGGUAAUGGAAAGACUAGGAAUAGAUUUACAGAAGAUCUCAGACCAGAACGGUACUUUUAAAAAGUCAACUGUCCUGCACCUGGGUAUCAGAAUGCUGGAUGUACUGGAAUAUAUACAUGAAAAUGAAUAUGUUCAUGGUGAUAUAAAAGCAGCCAAUCUACUUUUGGGUUAUAAAAAUCCACAUCAGGUUUAUCUUGCAGAUUAUGGACUUUCCUACAGAUAUUGUCCCAAUGGGAACCACAAACAGUAUCAGGAAAAUCCUAGAAAAGGCCAUAAUGGGACGAUAGAGUUUACCAGCUUGGAUGCCCACAAGGGAGUAGCCCUGUCCAGAAGAAGUGACGUUGAAAUCCUCGGCUACUGCAUGCUGCGGUGGUCAUGUGGGAAACUUCCCUGGGAACAGAACCUGAAGGACCCUGUGGCUGUCCAGACUGCUAAAACAAAUCUGUUGGAUGAGCUGCCUGGGUCAGUGCUGAAGUGGGCUCCAUCUGGAAGCAGUUGCUGUGAAAUAGCUGAAUUUUUAGCAUGUGUUUAUAGUUUAGCUUACAAUGAAAAGCCAGACUAUCAAACGCUCAAGAAAAUUCUGAAUCCUGGUGGAAUACCCUUAGGACCACUGGAGUUUUCCACUGAAGGCCAGAGGACAUGUGUAUAUUCUCCUCCCAAUAAAAAAGUUGAUUCACAAAAGGCUGCGACAAAGCAAGUUAGUCAGAUGCAAGAAAAGUCAGCAGAAAGAGUUCACAGUGAGAGAAGUGCUGAGUCCUUGGCCACAUGGAGAAGAGUGCCAAAGGAGGACAAGCUGAUGGGAUCCAUGAACAGUGAAGCAGCUCAGGAAGGCAGAAAGAGAAGACAAAAAUAUUGUGAGUCUUCAGAACUUCUGAAUGAAAUAAACAGUUUUCCCCAAAAAUCUAGCUAUGUGCAAUUCCCAAAUUCAUUUUAUGAGCCCUAUCAAGAUUUUACCAAUUCAGAUGUAAUCAGCAAGUCAAGGUCUCCUCCUUGGUACACACAUACUUCCCCAAUUGGUACAGGGGUCACAGACUUAGAAAGUUCUACAGGACUCUGGCCUACAAUUUCCCAGUUUACUCUUAGUGAAGAGGCAAAGGCAGAUGUAUAUUAUUAUGGCUUCAUCAUAGUUUUCCUUUUGAUAUUAGUAUGUCUUGCUUUAUGUAUUCUCUGAAGAUAUCAAAUAAAAUCCUUUUAAUAAAGUUUCUACUUCUUCAUAGAAAUGCUUAUUUCAGGGUUUCCUUCCAGACAUUUUCAAGGUAAUUGGCUAAAAAAAAUAUAUAUAUGAUUUUAAAGUUCGUGAACACUAAAAUUCUUUAUGCUAGAAA